UUAUGAUACCUCUCUACCCUUCUCAUCCUCUCCCCUCCUGUGUCAUGUAUAUAUAUAGAUCACACACCAUGCCACCUUCUCCAACCAAUUUUAUCUACACACCCUCCAACUGUUUCUUCAAUUGCUCCAUAUCGACAAUUCUUAUAUAUACUUCAUCGCUAUAUUCUUAAAUAGCAAUGGUUGCGCCUUCUCCAACCUCGAUGAGGGUGAGGACCAGGAAAACAAAAGCCGUGGGGAUUCCGACAAUCGACCUUUCCAUGGAAAGGUCAGAGUUGUCGGAACAAGUGGUGAGAGCAUGUGAGGAAUAUGGUUUCUUCAAGGUGGUGAACCACAAUGUGCCGAGAGAGGUGGUUUCCAGAUUGGAAGAGAAGGGAACGGAGUUUUUCUCCAAAAGCACUUCUGAGAAGACUCAAGCUGGUCCUGCCACUCCUUUUGGUUAUGGCUGCAGAAAUAUUGGGCUAAAUGGUGAUAUGGGUGACCUUGAGUAUCUCCUUCUCCAUACAAAUCCUCUUUCUUUCACAGAGACAUCCAAAACCAUAGCAAAUGACCCUACCAAGUUCAGUUGCGCAGUGAGUGAUUACAUAGAAGAAGCAAAAGAACUAGCAUGCAAGAUUCUUGAGCUUGUAGCAGAGGGCUUGUGGGUCCCGGACAAAUUUUCACUGAGCAAGUUUAUCAAAGACGUGGAUUGUGAUUCAGUGCUAAGGAUUAAUCACUACCCUCCAGUGAACAAGAAUCAGGACCAAUAUGAACAACUUGAUCAAGCACGGGUUGGAUUUGGCGAGCAUUCUGACCCUCAGAUCUUAACCAUCAUGAGGUCCAACAACGUCGGCGGCCUUCAGAUUGAGACCCCUGACGGGUUGUGGCUCCCGGUCUCUCCUGACCCUAAUGAAUUCUUCGUCAUGGUUGGCGAUGCCCUUCAGGUGUUGACAAAUGGAAGGUUUGUGAGCGUGAGACACCGGGCUUUGACAAACGCGGCGGAGGCGAGAAUGUCAAUGAUGUACUUUGCAGCGCCACCUUUGAAUUGGUGGAUCAGUCCACUGCCAAAGAUGGUGACACCGCACAAUCCAAGUCUAUAUAAGCCUUUUACAUGGGCCCAAUAUAAACAAGCAGCUUACUCUCUCCGAUUAGGUGAUACUCGCCUUGAUCUCUUCAAGGUUCAACAAAAAGAAGAUACAUCCAUUGUUGAUAUACUUGUACAACCUAAGUAGUCACUAUAUAGAUAGCAACAUCAGCAGGAGUUAUUGAUGUUUCAUAUCCCCUUAUUCUAUAUUUUUUGUUCCUUGUUUUAUAGCCUUUAUAAUUUGAUAGUGUUUUAUAAGGUUACCUUAGGAAUUUUUUGGGGAUUUACAGUGGGGAGAAGUGUUUCACCUUAGUUGGAUCUGUUGUAAAAUAUAGGCAACAUUUUAAGUGUUAUAUAUACAAGGGGAUUUUGACAUGAAGAAUGAUGAAAAUAUCAAUGAAUUAAGCAGCACCAUCAUUUAUUUA